CAAUCCCGUUUCCCAGCGCUGCUGCGGGUGUUAAAGAACGACACUGAUCACAGAUAUUCAGUCUUUCUGCCAAGGGCAAUGUCAGGAAAGAUGUGCAGCAACAACAGUGUUGUUCAGACACAAAAGCUGGUGGAUCAACUUCGGGUGGAGGCAAGCAUGGAGAGAAUCAAGAUGUCCCUGACAGCAGCAGACUUGGUCCAGUACUGUAAGGACCACAGACGCAGUGACCCUCUGCUCACCGGCAUCGCAGCUUCAUCCAAUCCUUUCAAAGAUAAGAAGACCUGUGUGUUGCUUUGACCGCAGAGUACGAAGCGCCAACACAUAACAGACUGCCAAG